AUGCUUGAUUCCAUCUUCUCGGGCUCCUCAACGCCCUCCUCCACUCGGACCCCUCCUAGCCCGACCGAAAUGGAUGUGAGUCAGUCUCGUCCCGCCAAUCCCCCGCCGGCCAGGCGCCGUCGCAUUGUGGUUGCUAUGACCGGAGCGACAGGGGCAGUUCUCGGCAUCAAGGUUCUCGUUGCGCUACGGCGUCUGAACGUGGAAACCCAUCUAGUCUUGAGUAAAUGGGCCGAGGCAACGAUCAAAUACGAGACGGAUUACCAUCCGUCGAACGUGAAAGCGCUGGCAGACCAUGUCCACAACAUCAAUGACAUGGCGGCUCCGAUUGCCAGCGGCUCCUAUCGCACCGACGGAAUGAUUGUGGUGCCCUGCAGCAUGAAGAGUUUGGCAGCCAUUUACACGGGGUUCUGCGACGAUUUGAUCUCGCGUACGGCCGACGUCAUGCUGAAGGAACGCCGACGCUUGGUACUGGUGGCGCGCGAGACGCCGUUGAGUGAGAUUCAUCUUCGGAAUAUGCUGGAGGUGACUCGGGCCGGUGCCAUUAUUUUUCCACCUGUGCCGGCCUUCUACAUCAAGGCCGGCGGGCUGGAAGAGCUGGUUGAUCAAAGCGUCGGACGCAUGCUGGAUCUUUUUGACUUGGACACGGGCGAUUUCGAGCGGUGGAACGGGUGGGAGAAAUGA